AUGGCGCGCGCCGCCGUCGAUCGAGGCUCCGCGGGCACCAUGGAGGCGUUCGGGGCCGAGACCUUCGUCAACGACGAGCUCCUACGCUACAUCUCUCAGAGGUCGGGGAAGCUUUACCCACUCCGUUUGCAUUUCUUUUUGUUAAUUAAAUGGUGGAUGGAGACGCAGGCUCUAGCUAAUUCGUGGGCCCCCUCAUUGAAGAGCCUCCAUCUCUGCUUGUGCCAUCAUGUCACUAAUCAAGGUUUUGCAGAGGCAAUUAAUGGUUUCCCUCAGCUCGAGGAGCUAGAUGUUACAUUCUGCUCAUUGAAUGGCAGCGUGUGUGAGAGUGCUGGGAGAGCCUGCCCACAACUUAGAUGCUUCAGGUUGAAUGAGCACUGGUCUAUUCUUCAAAAUGAGCGCUGGUCUAUGCUUCAGGGCAUGGAUGAUGACACGGAAGCAUUAGGGAUCGCUAGCACCAUGCCUGGGCUCCAAGAACUUCAGUUGAUUGGUAACCUGCUGUCCAAUGACGGACUCAUGGCAAUCCUUGACCGUUGCCCUCGCCUUGAAUCCCUUGACAUUCGUCAGUGCUACAACAUACAAAUGGACGAUGCACUGAAAUUGAAAUGUGCUAGGAUACGAUAUCUGAAGCUUCCUCAUGACUCCAUCUCUGACUUCAGGUAUCGGGCUUACAUCGUCAGCAGCAUAGCUAACUCUGGCUCUGAUUUUGAGUUGGAUAUGUACGAUGAUCUGCUGGAUGUGGUCACUGAAGAUGAUGAUGCUGAUUUUGAUGAUAUGGAUGGUUUCGAUGACACAGUCUCAGAUGGAGGCAUGUACGAUGAUGACUUUGAUAUCUGA